GGCCGCUUCCUGCUCCCCGCCCUGCCCCGCUCACGACGUGCGCGGCGCGGCCAUGGCUGCUGUGGACAUCCGAGAUAAUCUGUUGGGAAUUUCCUGGGUUGACAGCUCCUGGAUUCCAAUAUUAAACAAUGGGAGUGUGUUGGACUAUUUCUCAGAGCGAAGUAACCCUUUCUAUGACCGAACAUGUAACAAUGAAGUCGUCAAAAUGCAGCGGAUGACCCUGGACCAUUUGAACCAGAUGGUUGGAGUGGAGUACAUCCUCCUUCAUGCUCAAGAGCCCAUUCUCUUCAUUAUCCGAAAGCAGCAAAGGCAAUCUCCAACACAAGUUAUGCCAUUGGCUGACUACUAUAUUAUUGCUGGAGUGAUUUAUCAAGCACCUGACUUAGGGUCUGUCAUUAACUCCAGAGUUCUCACUGCAGUGCAUGGAAUUCAGUCUGCUUUUGAAGAAGCUAUGUCCUACUGUCGCUAUCACCCAUCCAAGGGCUACUGGUGGCACUUCAAAGAUCAAGAAGAACGAGACAAAACUAAACCAAAAGCCAAGAAGAAAGAAGAACCAAGCUCCAUUUUCCAGAGGCAACGGGUAGAUGCUUUGCUUUUAGACCUAAGACAAAAGUUUCCACCCAAAUUUGUUCAGCAAAAGCCUGGAGAAAAGCCUAUCCCAGUGGAUCAAAUCAAGAAGGAACCAGAACCAGUCCCUGAAGCUGUCAAGCCAGAGGAAAAAGAGACUGUAAAGAAUGCUCAGAGUGCUGGUGCUAAAGGACCACCUGAAAAACGAAUGAGACUCCAAUGAAAGGAGAAGCUAUUACACAUCUGGAUUAGUCAGUACCUGCAAAACAGAAGGUUCUUGCUCCCUUUUCUUUAUAUUUAAGCUCUUCCACUGAGACUGACAGUUCGGAGACUGAGAUCCCUGUAACAGCUUUUUCUGUAAAAACCUCUCAUGCAAAUGUAAUGGGAGCUGCCUCAAAGGAGGUGUUUUCAGUCUUCAUCUUAUUUUGAAUGCUGGCUUCUAUGGUUUUUACAUGGACAUGUUCAGCAGCCUCUUGAAAUCUUUACAAACUCUUGCAUUGUUUGUGUCCAGGUUUCCUAUGUAAAAAGAAAAAGCCUUUUAUAUAUAAAAAGGAAGUGGAAUUCUUGGCAAAUAAAACUCCCAGCUGCUGGAAUACCUUUCUUAAAUGUAGACUUUGUUAGUAACAAAUAAUGUCAUAUGUGCUGGCAGCAUUUUUUUUUUCUUGGA